CGCUUUUCCUGCAGUGGCCAUAUUUGUUGAUGUGUCACCUCAGAGCGACCCGUCUGGGUGGUUAGUUACCGAGGAUAGGGAUUCCCACAUUUUGCCACUGGCCAAAUAUUAGCUGAGAACAAUGGAUUUAUCAUAAACCUGCUAAAGUCUCAGCUCACAGCUGCGGUAGACGUGAAGGUGAGGAUGGAACAGCCAGACCAUCAGGAAGGGCAGGUCACCGCCACUGCGGACCCAAAGGGGGGAUCGGAGGUCAGCGCAACGGCCGCGGGGUCAGAGCAGGUCACUGGCAACAGCAGCGAGCUGUUGACAAAGCCUGUCUGUAUCAGCGCCAAGGAAAAUGACAGGGGAGCAGAGGAGCAGGACAGUGCUCUGUCGGAGAGCAGGGACAGGGGUGAGUGCGGCACAGACCCCCCAUCCCAGGCCGACGGCAACACCAGCUGCGACAGCGGCACCUCGUCUAUGGAUGACGCCAGGACUCCCACCGGUGCGCCAGACUUGUCUCUGGAAUGUUCCUCCGCCGUCGUGGGUGAAAAAGCGGAAUUGUCACCGGUCUGUCUAAUUCAGGAAUCCUCCCCAGCGGUUCUGGACGGAGCAGAGGAACUCUCACCGGUCCCCUUGGAUGGGAUAGUGGAAUGUUCUCCAGCAGUUGUCGAUGGAGCCCUAGAACCCUGUCCUGCCGUUCUAGACAGCGCUAGCAUGUCUUCUCCGACUGGAUUAGACGGGGCGAUAGAACCCUCUCCCGCCGAUCAAGGUGGACUAACAGAACCCACACCUGCUCACGCACAGAGUGAGGUGACCGUGCCUGUCACUCCAGUGGCUAACGGCCCCAGCCGUGCCAACGAUGCCCCAGGCUCUCCUCACAGCGCAGGGGACCAGAGCCCCUCCACUCCCCCGGGCAGUGCGAGCACCUCGGGCAAGAGCAGCCCACAGACACCCACCCCGACAGCGGCCUCCAACACAAACUCCAGUGCCAGCCCCUACGACACGGACUGCAGCCGGAAGACGAUGUCGGAGAUCCAGCGCUCGCUCUCCCAGGAGUCCCUGCUGGACGAGCUGGAGUCCGAGCUGCUCUCCUGCCAGCUGGCGGGAGAUGACGGCGGGCCCCCUCCCAAUGGGCUCCCCAAGGACCAGAGCAACAUGAGGGUCUUCGAGAAGUGCGUCCAGUACAAGUACUCGCAGCAGGAGAAAGCUAUCAAGAAGCUGCUGGAGGAGAACCGGCGGCACCAGGAGCUGAUCCUUGGCAUCUGCUCGGAGAAGGACAGCAUGAGGGAUGAGCUGAAGAGGAGGCUGGACACGGAGAAGCAGCACAUGUCCACCAUCAAGAAGUAUGAGGGCCGGGUGGAGGAGUUGCUGAAGGAGCUGAAGGAGGCACGGGAGAAGCAGCACCAGCAGGAGCUGGGGGCCAAGCACACCAUCCAGCAGAUCCAGCGUGAGACCGCCUACCGGCUGGAGCAGGCCAAUAAGAAGUGUGAGGAGGCGCGGCAGGAGAAGGAGGCCAUGGUGAUGAAGUACGUGCGCGGGGAGAAGGAGGCGCUGGACCUGCGGCGGGACAAGGAGCAGCUGGAGCGGAGGCUGAGGGAGGCCACACGCGAGGUGGACAAGCAGGCGCUCCGCGGCAACCAGCUGGCCCAGGACAAGGGACGCCUGCAUCAGCUGCACGAGGCCAAGGAGGGUGAAGUGAGUCGUCUAGCGCGGGAGCUGGAGAAGGUGAAGGAGGAGAUCAACUCUCAUCUCAUCAAAGUCAAGUGGGCUCAGAACAAGCUCAAGAGCGAGACGGACGCCCACAAGGAGACAAAAGACAAGCUGAAGGAGACCACCGCCAAACUGACCCAGGCCAAAGAGGAGACCGAGCAGAUCCGCAAGAACUGCCAGGACAUGAUCCGUACCUAUCAGGAAUCAGAGGAGAUCAAGUCCAAUGAGCUGGAUGCCAAACUACGAGAGACCAAAGGUGAACUGGAGAAGAACAAGCAGGAGCAGACAGACCAGCUUGAGAUGUACCAGACCAAGGUUAAAGAGUUGGAUGACCUGAAGAGGACCUUCAAGGAGGGCAUGGAUGAGCUCCUAACACUAAGAACCAAGGUGAAGUGUCUGGAGGACGAGCGCCCGCGCUGGGAGGAUGAGCUGAGUAAGUACAGGGAGAUCAUCAACAGACAGAAGGCCGAGAUCCAGAGCCAGAGAGAGAAACUUGGGGCCAUCCAGAGGCUGGAGGACCAGCACCAGAGGGAUGAGCAGGACCUGGCGUCUCUGCGCGAGGAGGUGGAGGGUCUGAACGGUCAGAUCAACGACCUGCAGCGCGACGUGCAGGGCAGCCGGACGCGCGAGGGCGAGCUGCUUGGCUUCACCGAGAAGCUGACCAGCAAGAACGCCCAGCUGCAGUCGGAGAGCAACGGCCUGCAGUCCCAGCUGGACCGGCUGACCGAGAAGAGCCGUGAGCUGGAGGCCAGGCUGCAGGACACCGAGAGGGCCCUCACCGAGACGACGGCGAAGCUGAAGCGCGAGGAGCAGCAGCGCAUGGAGGAGGUGGCGGUGCUGCAGGCCGAGCGCUCGGGCCUGCAGACGGAGACGACGCAGCUGAAGACGCGCGUGGACGAACUCCGGGACGACCUGGUCACGCAGAAGAGGAAGCAGAUCGCCAACAUCAAAGACCUCACCAAACAGCUCACACAAGCGAGGAAGAAGCUGGAGCAAGUGGAGAACGGCGGAUGUGACCGAGACGUCAGCAGCAUGGGCAGCCGCUCUAGCUCAUCAGGCUCUCUGAACGCGCGCGGCAGCAGCACGGACGACCGUUCGCCGGAGAACCAGUCGGGCGGCCCGUCGUCCUCGGCGGCGGCCGACAGCUUCCCCGAGGUGGACAAGGCGGUGCUGGUGGAGCGCAUCGUGCGCCUGCAGAAGGCCCACGCCCGCAAGAACGAGAAGAUCGAGUUCAUGGAGGAUCACAUCAAGCAGCUGGUGGAGGAGAUCCGCAAAAAGACCAAGAUCAUCCAGAGCUACGUGCUGCGUGAGGAGUCGGGCGCUCUCUCCUCAGAGGCGUCAGACAUCAACAAGGCGCGUCUGAUUCGGCGCGGCGGCAUCAUGGCCUCGCUGUACACGUCGCACCCGGCUGACAGCGGCCUCACGCUGGACCUCUCGCUGGAGAUUAACCGCAAGCUGCAGGCCGUGCUUGAGGACACGCUGCUCAAGAACAUCACCCUCAAGGAGAACCUGCAGACGCUGGGGUCAGAGAUCGAGAGGCUCAUCAAGCAGCAGCGCGAGCUGGAGGACAAGGCCCGGAGGAAGUGACACGCACCGCGAGCCCCGCCAGCAGGAAACGCCGCAUCUCCGAGCGCGGAGUCGGGGGUGAACGGACGGAGUGGCGCGCGCGCCAAAACGGACCAAAGUGAUGAAGAGCGCCCACGACGUCCACCCAUUUAUGAAGUCUGUCCAGCUGCGAAGGACUUGAGCCUAAACUGAGCCACACAUAGAAAACGAAACACACAGACACACACACACACACACGCAAAUAUAUAUAUAUGUCCAACAUACACUGCAUGGCUGAUUCCAACUGAAGGAAAAGAGUCCAGCCCAAGAUAUGCCAGAGUGCUGCUCACGCUCUAUUGGCUGAUAUUUGUGAGAAACUCCUUCCUCUUCCAUCUCCUCAAAUGCCCCCCUCACCACCCCACCUUCCUCCUCCUCUUCCUCCUCCUCUUCCCCCCCCUCAUCUCCGGCUACAGCUGAGACCUCAGCAGCCCUUACACUCUCACACACUCACGCACACGCUCACACAAAGGACAGCGGUGAAGCAGCUUUGCCGUGUGAGUGUUGGGUGCCCACACAUUCUGAUUGUUGGCGCGGGGAGAAAGCGCACAGCCUUGCCCGCACAAUGAGCUGUGAAAUGGGCAGAAACUGAAGUACGUACAACCCAGUGAAGGUUGCCUUCUGAGGACAACACGCACACUCCCAGUGAAGGUUGCCUUCUGAAGACAACACACAACCACACACACACACACACACACACAUAUUGUACCUUCCAUCCAGCUAAAUUCUGAAGGAACUGUAACAUUGUGUGUGGAAGGAUGUUUUUUUCCAUUUUGUUUUUCAUAAGCCUCAAAAAAAAUGGCUGCAACAUCCUACCCUGUUCACUUCAUGCUUAGUUUGACCCUGACCAUCAUCUCUCAUAUAUGUAUUUUCCCCUGCACUUAAUGGUGUCUCCACCAGCCCUCUGUUACUUUGCUGUCUUUCUCUUUCCAGCUCUCUCUCUCUCUCUCCCUCCCUCCCCCCUCUCUCUCUGUCCUUUUUGCUAUGAUAAUGAAGUGCCAUACCGCUGAAUGUAUUUCCUGGUACUGAAAGGCCACCUAAGGGUUUGAAGUAUGAGGUGAGGGAGAAAGAAAGGAACACACUAGAACUCCUGGCCCAAGCCUCCUACUCCACUCUGCUCGCCUUAGUUCACUUCGCUAGACCAUCUCUCCUCUCUCUACUAAACUCUAACCCCACCCCCACCCCUCAAAGCAC